AUGGAACAAGGUCGAGGAGGAGUUUGGAGAAACCACCUCCAGGCCGACGGUCUGGACACGCUCACGGCUCAGAGGAAGAAGCACAGAGCGUCCACCCGAGACCCCGCCCCUCAUUAUAAUACGCAGAAGGGGUCCGGAGGCUCCGCCCACAGGCUCAGAGGGUUCCACCCACAGGGUCCGGAGGCUCCGCCCACAGGCUUAGGCAGUUUGGGAGAGAGACUUAGGGAGCUGCUCCUUCACUCUGAUUAUUCGUCUGUGAGCUCAAGGCAAGAGCACUGUCCUCCAGAGGGCGCUGUCCUCCAGCUGUGGACACUGUCCUCCAGCGGGCGCUGUCCACACAGUGUCCACAGCUGGAAGACAGCACUGAGACACUCCUUGUCUUUGCUGUAA